CACAGAUUAGCACACAGGAUGGCUGACAUCGUCCACGCUGUGAUUAGACUCCUGCUGUUAAGUUUAGUCAGAACAGGUGUAGGUGAAGAGGAUGGCCAAACCGUUGCCCUACCCAGGUACAAGAUUAAACAUCCAUGUGGACAAGUCGUGGUCUGCUUUCAUGUUUGGCAGUUAAGCACAGAGGCAACACAUGAUUACAUCGCCAUAGUCAGGGACGGAGAGAUCCAGGCAGCUUCAGUGUUGGAAAACAAGGACUCACAAUGCAUGCUGAAAAUCAACAAUCCCACAGAAAAGGAUGUUGGACGCCAUUACUGCAAACGAAGGUUGAACUUCUUGUCUUACAAUACCAGCCCACAAUUAAACCUCACACCAGGAAAAACAGUGUCCCUGCAGUGUGUCCUCCUCACCUACAUACAGCAGGGACUCUGCUACACACAGCAACAACGACAUAUCAAACUGAUGUGGGUGGAUGAAGAUGGUAAAGAGAUACAAGAAGACGCACAACAUCACAUAAAACAGGAGUCUACUUGCGACACCACUCUGACGGUCACCUGUCUAAGUCCCAUAAACACGAAGUUCAGGUGCCAGGCGACUGUGGAUGAUCAAGUCCUGACUUCACAGGAGUUUCAUGUACAAGUCCUCGCUCCUAGAGGGAGAGGAAGAGGAUACAUUAAGGAACAAGGAUCAGAACUGGAAAAUCCAGGUGACAGCCAGGACACAGUAGGCCUCUCUGUGGGGUUGGUUGGAUGUGCAGUUUUGUCAGUGUUGGUAGCAGCGUUUGCUGUGAACAAAAGAAGAAAAAGUCAGCAGCUUCUGAAGGAGUCUUCUCACACAGUCAGUGGCAACAAUGUUGUAAAUGCAGACGAUGUGAUCUACGCUGAAAUUAUGCUCCCUGCUGGUUCUGAAAGAGUUCUGGUCCAUGAGUGUGAAUCCACUGAGUAUGCCUGUGUGCGGUAUAACUAGUCUCGCGAAUGAAAUAUAACCUGCGUUGUUUCCUUUAUUUCUCUGUUAUGCUUUAUGAUGCUGUGAUUUUCUCCACUCAAAACCCCUUUAUUGUGUUGUAGCUGUAGUUAAAACCACAUGUCCCUACAGCUCUUUGACUCUGUUGUUUUGCAUUACAACCAAAAAAUGUUCUUGUACAGUCUACCUCAGUAUUUUAACUCACAUUUGACUUGAUCCCUGUCCGAUGAAGAAUCAAACACAGAAUGUAUUUGCAGUUCAAGUCUAUAAAAAAUCAAGAAAUAUGAAAAGAAACCUCCACUAUCUCCUUCUAUGAAACAAAAUCUUUUGGAUGUUGUAGACAAACUAUUUUACAAUGAACUUUACUUUAAACUUGGGUUCGAUUUUCAGAUAUUCACCUUGUUGCGUUAUUUCUGUUAUAUAAUAUGAUUUUAUUCACCUGUACCAUGUUUUUGUGUGAUCUGAAGGUAAAAGACAAAAUAAAAUUACAUUUGAGCAUGUCUUUUUCAGUAAAUUUUGGACAGGAGUAACCAUGAGCAAAAUUAGAUUUCAGGUUUAUUUAGAAAGUUGGAAAGACUGAAACUUAGUACAGUUUUGCAAACCAAUUGUAGUAAAUUGACUGCAAAUAGAUGACUUAAUAUUGUGUGUCAGGCUGGGAAAAUUGCAUCAUACCUUGCAAAGUGAAUUGAGUAAAAAUCACAGCCAGCCACAGCUCUGUGUAGUGGUACUGUUAGGGAACAUUUCUCUGAAAUGUCUACAUCACUGGUGUUCAAAGUGUGGGAAAGAGAGCCUCCCCUAGGAGAAAAUUAUUUAUGUCAUAGACCCCCACCCCCAUAAAAAAAGAUUUUAAAAAUACUUCAAUUUCAAACAUGUAUGUCUCAUCUUUUAAUACUUUUAUUCUAACAUUUUUGAUGUUUUAUUUCUUUAAACAUCCCUCUUACCCAGGCAAACAAUUAUUUAGUUUCAGUAUUGAACUUAUUGCCAAUAAUACCUGAUUAUUAUGCUCUACGCUCUAAUGUAGUGUUUGCGUCUGUGCUAUCAUUGAGAUCCACGUUCAGUCAUUUUUACAGUUUCACCCCUCAAACAGAAACACAAAAUGUUUCCUCACUGUAUGCACACAAACAGUUUUGAAGUUAUAUGGAUCCCUUAAGUUGCAGUUAUAUUCUCUUUCAGAGAACAUAUUUUGUAAUUUUGCAGGAAGUUGCUUAUUUUUUUUAGCUUUAAGCAUGAUUUGAAAUUCAACCAGAUCUGAAAGUUUUAAUACUUUUAACUGAGGGAAUAAUGGGUUAGUAUGAUCGUGAUAACAAACAUUGUGAAUAAUCUAUAUUGCUCUUUUUUAUGGAUAUUUAGUAAAUUUAUUGCCAUUUUAAAUGUAUUAUUAUUAUUAUUAUUAUUAUUAUUAACACAGUAGUUAAUAUUGGG